AUGCACCGAGCUUACCGCAAGACAUUCAAGACGCCUCGUCGUCCCUACGAGAAGGAACGUCUUGAUGCCGAGCUCAAGCUUGUUGGAGAGUACGGACUUCGCUGCAAGCGCGAGAUCUGGCGAGUCCAAUAUGCUCUUGCCAAGCUGCGAAAGGCUGCCCGAACGUUGCUGACUCUCGACCCCAAGGACCCAAAGCGCAUCUUCGAGGGUGCUGCUCUCUUGCGUCGGAUGAGUCGUUACGGUCUCUUGGCCGACGAUGAGCUCGAGUUGGAUUUCGUCUUGCAGCUUACCACUCAAAAGUUGUUGGAACGUCGUUUGCAGACCAAGGUCUACAAGCAAGGCCUCGCCAAGUCCAUCCAUCACGCGCGUGUCCUUAUCAAGCAGCGCCACAUUCGUGUCGGAAGUCAGCUCGUCAACACCCCAGGACUAAACGUCAGGACAGCUUCUGAGAAGCACAUUGACUUCGCAACUAACUCGCCCUACGGACAGGGUCCUCCCGGACGUGUCGCCAAGAAACGCGCCGCAUCGAGGGCUGCCGGAGGCGAGGACGAAGAGUAA